AUGCCUGUCACGAGGAAACGCAAGGCCGUCAGCCCCGACUCUGGUAAACAAAGCACAAUCGCCAGCCAGAAGACCAUCGAUACCUUUGGACGUGUCACCAAGAACCAGAAAGCCGACCAGAGUGCAAAGAAGCGCAAGAUAUUAGAUUCGGUCACCAUUGAUACAUUAUCAUCACCAACACAACACACGAUCAACACAGCACAGAAAGAGCAGGAGGGAUCAGUAAGAACGACACAAUCUCGAAAGCGGUCAAGAGAGACGGAAGAGGAAGUCACGACGCCGCAGAACAAGAGGUUCAGAGAUGCUCUACCGCCAACUCCUGCAGAGACACCCUCGAAAAGUGCCUCCAAGUUGUUUGAGCGACUCCUCUUGAACAAUGCCGCUCCUGCCCCAACCGGAUCAGCAGAAGAAACCGUCUACGACACUCCUCCACUCACUCCGCCAGCCUUCAAGAGUCUCGAAACAUCAUUAUCCUCUACCGAACUGCCCGCUCAGCUACAAGAAUUAAUACGCCUGUUCAAAGCAUUCCUCACAAGCACAUCAUUAUAUUCCGCCCACAAUGGCCUCGGCACACCAAUGUACAUCACCAAUCUAUUACCACAUAUCACAAGGAGCUGGAAAAAGAGAGCCGUCACAGAACACGACAUGAGCAUUAUUCUCGGCAUUCUUGGAGACAACGACACUUUCGAGUUGGCAGACAACGGAGAAGGCAGCCUCUGCAUCGAGCUCCUCGAAACAAAUCAUUCCACCACCGGUCACUUCAACCAACCCGAGCUAAUCCAACAAUUCCACAAGCGCUUGACUGCACUUUGGAAUCAAUGGGUGUCCUCAUCACCAACAGCAACCUCAAAUGUUGACGGCUUCCUCUCACAAUUGCCGACCGUCAAUGUCAUCACUAGCCAAGUAGCACCCAACAACCCCGCUACCUUGACCAAGGGUUCAGAACGCCUCCAAGAGAUCAAAGCCGCAGCGCUCGCCGCUCGCGCCGCCCAGUCUUCUGCCAGGAAACCUCUUGUCCAAUCCUCUGCAAAAUCCGCCGCUGCAGUCGCCAGCCGCGGUGCCAGUCUCCUCGACCGCAUUCUCGCCAAACAGACCGCAAACGCCAACAAAGCCUCUGGACCCGAUCCUGCACACCUCGCUCGUCUCUCAGCCAUCGACCGCAUCGCCGACAUCGUCGAGGUGUUGGAUGUUCUUUCCAACGGUCGCGCAAGAGCGAGUUUCUCCACCAAAGUGUUGCUGUCGCAUCUACAAAAUUCAUUGCGCAAUCCCAUUUCUGCGGAUGAGGGAGAGAAGUGUUUGGAGAUUAUGGCCAAGGAAGUUUCGCCAACAUUUGUGAAGAUCAUCAGGGCGGGGAGUGUGGAUGCUGUUGUUGUCACAAGAGGUGGAAAGCCUAGACCCGAGGAGUUGAGAAGGGCACUUGAGGAUGCCAGGGCCGCUUGA